AGCGAGGAGGAAUCCCUCCAGUGGGUUUCAUAAUUAGGUUGUGUAAGGGCCGCUUUGACGUAUGAGGGCUUUAGAGGCAGCGGGCUACAAAUGCAGCUCCUCGCCACACUAAAACCUCUCAUUGAAGCGCCAGCUCGGAUUGCACCAACCAUGAAAAUGAACAAGGUGAAAGUAAUAGGAAGUCAAGUCCUUUCAGCCGAACUCGUGUUUGGGCUGCUGCUGAGCGUCGCGUAUCGGACGUGCUCCAGUUUGGCGUUUUCCUCAGAGGACAACGCCGGCGACGGGAGCGCGCAGUUUGAGGUAACGCGCUCCCUCGUGUGUGUGUGGGUCGCCAGUAAUCUGAAGUUCAUUUUCUUCAAAAGCAACAACCAUCAACUUUCUCUUUCUGCUCAUGCUUUGUCAAGGCUUGUGGCUUUUCUUUCAUUAUUAGGAGUCUGCCGAGAGGGACGCAUUCAAGAAAGAGAUGGUAGACAUCUACCCAUGGUGGAUGUGGCGGUGUUCUUGUUCUUUCUUCUAAACAGUUUGAUUCUUUUGAUCUUGGAUCACAGUCAGUUGAAAGGCUCUUUGAAACGAUGUGAACUGCUCACCAGGCCCCAGAGGUUUUUCCUUCAAAUGGAUUUUUUUGCCAACUUCAUUUUUGGCCUCAUGUGGUUGGUUUUUCCAGGAUGGCUUCUUGGGUCACAGAUUCAUGGAUCUGAGGAUAAUCUUCAUCUCACUCGUGCAUUUGGAGCUAUGAUGAUUGGAGACAGUUUUGCUUCCUUUAUUACUCAAAAACAAAAGGGAACCAAUGAGGUGUCUGUCUUUACCAGCCGAGCUGUGGGGACUUUGGCUGUUGUCGUCUUCAUGCUCCACACCCAGAUCACCACAUCUCCGUGGAAAAGCCCACAGCUCUGUUUCUGCCUUGCAGGGGUCAGUCUCUGGGCUGGAAACUCCAUCCUCGGCUAUCUGAGCGCCAAAGACACUGAGUCAGUGAAUGAUAUAUACUGCCGUGCUGUACAGAGAAGGAACAGAAUACUUCAUGUACAAUAGAUAUUUUGUUAUAUGCAUACAUAGAUUUUAUACUGUAAAUAUGUUGUGCUUUUACAAAAAUUAAAUAGAUCUAUUCUUUUGUAAAUAAUGCCUCUUUUUAAUUUAUAUUCUGUAAACAAAUGGAAAAUGUCACACUUUGUCCCAUCAUAUUUAUAUAUAUAUAUAUAUACGCAAAUAAAGACAAAGUUGUCAUAAUUGGGAGUGUAGGUGAAGUGAAGAGCAGUUCAUAAAAUGUUAAAGUUUACAGUGCUUUGUCAGCUGUUUGUCACCCGCAUUUCACACUCUCAGGUGUCGAGUCAUUCUCCUGCAAUAUUCACUUAGCCAUCUGCUUUGUAAAUUUGGAUGCUAGGUUUCAUUUACAAACACAGACCUGCACAUAUUCUUUCAUGACUUUCAUUCUGCAUGCAUUUAUUAUGUUUUAUUAUGUUGUCAUCCUCUUAUUUUUAUUUUUUUACUAUAUUUUUUUGAAACCAAGUUUGAUAAACACAUCUCCUGGAGCAUCUGAGCUAAACUGGCAGUUAUUGACUAUAGUAUUUUUUUGUUUCUACUACACUGUAAAAAAAAUAUCUGUAAAUUAAGUUAUUCACAUUUUAGUGAUUAAUGUAUUUUUAUUUUUCCACAUUUUGUUUAUGCUUUUGAAUUGCAUUAUGGGACCUUGAUCUAUCUUUCAACAACUUUAAACCUUGAAAAAUUCCAAAAUGUGACUUUUAUUAACAUUUGUAAUAGUUUAAAGUGACGUUGGUGUUGUAAAUUAUGAUACAAAAAGCUUGUAAUAAACUGCCAGUACAUUUUC